ACUCUUGUCUCAUUUUCCACUGCCCCAUGUCCCUUAGAACAUGGAGGAAAUUAUGGCAGUUUUCCCUAUGCUGAGCUUAUAAACACCCCCUUCUAUCUUUCUCUCUCCCUCUCUAUCUUUGUGUGUGUGUGUGUGUAUAUAUAUAUAUAUAUAUAUAUAUCUUUCUCUCUCAUGAUCAUCAUCAUCAAACCCCAAGAAUAAAAGCUAGCCCUCAUACUUCCUAGUUCUUGAAGCAAUUUACAAAACCAUCAAUAACCCAAGUGAGAAACCACAUAGAUUGAUAGAAGAAGUGUAAAGAAAGAAAAGUAUAAAAGAAGCUCACUUUGUUGCACCAUCAUUGCAAUCAAAUCCAACUAGGGAAGUAGCCAUAAUCCAUCUACAGUAGUAACACACACACACACACACUUGUUAUUAGAUUUUCCCUCCUUCCCGGGUCUCACAAAGCAAAAGCAAAAAAGAGAGAACAAAGAAAGAGAAGAAGAAGAAGAAGAAGAAGAAGAAGAUAUAAGAAAUGGAUAUUGAAUUGGUCAAGUGCGAGUGCUGCGGAUUGAAAGAGGAUUGCACUCAAGACUACAUCACGGAUGUGAAGGCGAAAUUUGACGGGAAAUGGCUAUGCGGGUUGUGCUCAGAAGCCGUCCGAGAUGAAGUUAGCAACGGCAAAAAGCCAUUCGGCAUGGAAGAAGCCGUGAAAGCUCACAUGUCGUUUUGUCGUAAGUUCAAAUCGAACCCCGCUGUCCGAGUAGCCGAUGGAAUGAGACAGAUGCUUAGGAGAAGGUCAGGGGACUUGUCUUCCUCACCAUCUUCUUCUUCAUCCAAGAAGUAUUCAAGAUCAUCAAGUUCAUCACAAGUGGGCAAAGCCUCGACUUUCUCAUUGUACUAAUUCGAGUACUCGUUAAGUGGAGAAAUUCCAACCUUUUUAAAGGUUACAAUAAAUAUGUGAUAAAUUGGCCUUUUAUGGCUAGUAAGGUCUCUCUCCACCUUCCUUCAUGUACAGAGGAUUUCAUCUCAAGUAGAGACUUAAUUACCGAUUCUGAAUUUAGUACCUUUUUUUUUCUUUCUUUCCAUUUGCAUAUGGGCAUGCU